AUGGCUGGGAGCAGCGGGAGCCAGUGCCUCAUCGAGGAGUCCGGGACAUGGCUGGGAGCAGCGGGAGCCGGGUCUUUUGCCACAGCCCUGCUCGGCCUGCCGCGCACCGUCACCGUGAGCGAAGCCGCGGCGCCGGGCACCGCUGUGGCUGACGUGCCCCUGCUCUGCGGCAACGCGAGCGGCGACCCCCGGGUGACGCUGGCCCGCGUCGAGCCCGGCAGCCCCGUGGACCCCAACGCCACCGCACUCGGGCCAUUCAACCCCGCGGCCGUCAGCACCAACAACACGCUGCCCGCCAUGUUUCGGGCUGAGGUAGAGCGCGGGGCAACGGGGCAAUGCCCAGGCCAGCCGCAGGCAGGGGGCUCGGCGGGGAGCCCCCGGGUGGCGCGCGCCCCGCUGAGCCCCGUGCCGCUGCGGCAGAUCUCGCUGCGCGCGGCCGCCGCGCUCGAUGCCCGCCGGGUGAACCAGUACGCGCUGACGCUGCGGGCCGCCUGCCGCGGCGAGGAGGAGGCCGAGGGGCAGCUCUUCGUCAGGGUGGCGCCGGCGCUCCGCUGCGCCACCAGCUUCACCAGCAUGGAAGGAGACACGGUGCAGGUGCCAGCCGAUGUGGCGCCCUGGGCGCCCCUGUACACCGUGGUGCCGCUCCAGAUGGCCGGAGAGCUGGCGUUCUCCCCCAAAAACAAUGACACUCCGCUUGUCCUCACCGAGCGGGGCACGGUGCUGGCACCGGCCGGUGGCUUUGAGCCCACACCCAGCACCCAGGUGUUCAGGCUGGAGAUCGUGGUGACGGACCGACACGGGCACAACUGCAGCGGGGCCGUCACGGUGCAAGUGCAGCCGUCGCGCCGGCCCCGCGUCACCUUCGCCGAGUCGGCGCAGGCCGUGACGGUGCCGGAGGGCACGGGCCCCUUGGAGGUGGUGACGCGGGUCCACGCCAGCGGUGACAGCGUCCGCUACGUCAUCCUUACGCAGGCGACACCGGCGCUCUUCACCGUCGACGCAGGGAGCGGGGAGAUCCGCAGCACCUGCCGGCUGGACCUGGAGCGCUUCCCGCAGGCGGCCCACACGCAGCUGCUCGUGCAGGCCUACGAGGCGCGGGCGCCCGCCGCCGCCGCCACCAUGGCCCUCAACGUCACCGUGCGCCCGCGGAGCCGGCGGGCACCGCGCUGCGUCCCGGCACUCUACGUCUCCCAGGUGCCCGAGACGGUGCCGCCGGGCAGGACCCUGCUGGUGCUGAGGUGUGUGGGCCCUGGCGCCCUGCGCUACGAGGUCGAGGCCACCGCCGCCGCCUCGCGUGGCCUCUUCCGCAUGGAGGGGCCGCGGCUGCAGGUCAACGCCACGCUGGACUACGACUCCGAGCUUGCCGCCGCCGUGGGCUUCCAGUUCGCGGCCAGCAUCGUGGUGACGGCGGAAGGGCAGCCCCCGCGGAGCACCCGCGUGCCCGUGCUGGUGACGGUGACGCCCGUGAACGAGUACGCGCCGCAGUGCCCCAACGGCACGGCCUUCAGCGUGCCCGAGACGGCGGCCUUCGGCACGGCCGUGGGGCGCGUGGCGGGCACCGACCGCGACUACCCGCCGCACAGCAUCGAGUACGGCCUGGAGCAGAGCGCGCGCUCCGGCCAGCCCUUCUCCAUCGACGCGCACACGGGCCGGAUUUAUGUGGUGGGGCCGCUGGACUAUGGGCGGCAGAGGAGCUACCGGCUCGCGGUGAGGCUCACGGACACGCACAACGACGCGGACCCCGCGGCGCGGCGGAGCUGCCUCUGCGACGUGGCGGUGCGCGUGCAGGCCGUGCUCGGCGAGGCGCCCGUGUGCACGCCGGAGGUGCAGGAGCUGCGGAUCACAUCGAGGGCGGGCGGCCGCCAGCCUGUCACCCGCCUCGCGUGCCAGGGCGGCCGCGAGGGCGCCGCGCUGUCCUACGCCAUCGCCAGAGGCAACGAGGACGGGCGCUUCCGCAUGGAGGGCAACACCCUCCUGCACGUCCCCAAUGGCCUGGAGCAGCCCCGCACCUUCGUGCUGCUGGUGGAGGCGUGGGCCGACGCCAGCCGCCCGCGCCGCAGCGCCGUGGUCAUGCUGGUGGUGCACGUCACCCCGCAGAGCACCACGGCGCCGCCGCGGAGCGUCGCCCGGCGCUCGACGGCGCGCAAGGAGCCGCUGAUGGUGACGCGGACGGAGGCCGCGUGGAGCCCGGCCGCCUGGUUCGUGGCGGCUCUGACCGCCUCCGGCGCCCUGCUCCUGGCCGCCCUGGGCUGCGCGGCACGGGCCCUGCUGCAGAGGUGA